AUGUGUCUCGAGAGUGAUGAUCCACAGAGGCUGUCGUGGGCUCGUUGCGGGCGGACGGUCGCUUUGGGCAAAGCGCUGCCGGCCGCCACUCCAGCGCGAAGAGAGGCGGGCCUGAAUCUUAUCUGGGCACUCGGGGCGAUCAGGCGCGGCGGCGGCAGCAGCGGGGGCGGCAGCGGCGGCAGCGGGGGCGGAGCGCAGAUUGCGUCGGUAACGAGGCGGCUGUCGCCCGCUGCGCCUCCAAUUUCCGCGCCUUCCAGCGGCCCUGCCCCUUACCCCGGCGUCCCUCCGCCGCCACCGACGCCGCCGCCGCCACUGGCCUACAAUCAAAUUUGUAGCCCCCGUCCCGGGGCCCACCUUGCUGCAGACACCGUCCGCCUUCCCGCCUCGAGCACGCCCCGCGCCGCGACGACUCUUUUUCCGGACGAGCUGCCUGUGGACACACUUACACUCGCACACGGCACGCCCACGCGCACCGCCCGCGCUCCAGGCGACAUCUCGUGA